AUGCGCUACAUCAUACGCCUAUCAUCUGAACGGAUGGAUAUCGCGUCACGCGUACUAGUGGUACAGCCAAAAAUCUUGUAUUUGAUUAGGCCAAGUAUCAACGCCUGCUGUGAUAGCAGAGUACGCUCGUUUGGAACUCCAUUGCCAUUGCUGCGGCUUUCAAUUACUGACAAACGGUGCUGCGCGGCACACCAUCAGCGAUUCGACGCGAUAGGUGCGAUAACGGAUUCGCGUGGGUUGUUAUCCACAUUCAUUCAUGGGAACCCAUUUGUGGCUGUAGUAGACGACUCGCUAUCUCCGUAG